GUUUGAAACAAUAAUCCAGAUUACGGUGUAUAUUUAAUUGUAGACGUUACUGAUAGUUGAUUGGUUACGUCUGUUCACUUAUGCUGUCAGUUGCACAAUGGUGUUCUUAAUUCGCUCGUAAUCCGGAGAAUAUUGCAAACUGACCACUAAAAUGUUUCGAAAAGAACUUUCCCCCACUAGUAGGACCUGUCACAUUCAAGUCAGUGAUAUAAUCGCUUCUGGUGAAAAGUUCGUAUGGGUUAGCAGUUACAUUCAUGUACAUUAAUAAUGAUGAUCAAAUUGAUUAACUCACAGCUGAACCUGAUAAAAAAACAAACAAAGUUCAUGUUUGUUUGUUUGUUUUUGUGACAAAUCCAUGUUUGUUUUCCUUCUUUUUCUGAUGUUUCUCAUGAUGAUUAUGACGAUUGUUACAUUUUUCCUUCUAUAGAAAAUCUCUUCCAUGUAAAAUGGUUAAAACGGAUUUUAGUGUAUGGUCAUUUGUGAAACAAUCUAUUGGAAAGGAAUUAUCUAAAAUCACUAUGCCAAUCAUUCUUAAUGAACCGUUAAGUUUUCUGCAACGUGUUGCUGAAUACAUGGAAUAUUCCGAAUUACUAGAUAGAGCAGUUGGAGAGAAAGAUCCUAUUAAACGUAUGGAGCUUGUAUCAGCAUUCGCUGUAUCUAGUAUGUCAUCGAAUGCUGGUCGUAUUGGUAAACCAUUCAAUCCAUUGUUAGGUGAAACUUACGAAUUACACUACAGGAAUUUUGUAUUCGUUGCAGAACAAGUAUCUCAUCACCCACCAAUCACAGCUUUUCAUGUUGAAUCAGAUAAUUAUAGUCUGCGUGCUACUCUACAAUUUAAAUUACGUUUUUGGGGUAAAUCAAUUGACGUUCAACCGAAAGGAUUAGUUACAUUACAAUUAUAUCAUUUUAAUGAAUCUUAUACAUGGCAAAAUGUUAAUUUAACAAUACAUAAUAUAUUGACUGGUAAAAUUUGGGUAGAACAUACUGGUACAUUGCGUAUCACUAAUCAUUCGUUAGGAUUAUAUUGUCAGUUAGAAUUUCAUCCAUCUAAUUCGUUUGGACAUGGUUGUAAUCGUGUUGUCGGUGAAUUAUAUGCUCCAUCAACAUUAGAUAAAACGCAGGCAGUUUCAGCUUCAAAUACAUCUCAUAAUACUACUAUUAAUACUAUCAGUAAAAAUAUAUUUAAUCAUCAUAAUAAUUCAUAUGUAUUAAAGAGAAUAAUUUUUGGUAAUUGGUCUCGUGGUUUAUUCACAGUCGAACCGAAUGUUUGGAAUGAAAAGGAGGAAAUCAUUGAUAACCAGCCAAAGAAAAACAGUAAUAACAACGAUAAUAAUGAUGCUGAUGGACAAUCGACCAACAGCUCUGAGUGUAUUGAAUCAGUAGAUUAUGGAUUCGAAAUACCACUAACUGGGCAACGUUGUCUAUGGAUCGCUACACCGAAACCAAUUAAUUCAAAGGACUAUUAUGAUUUCACACAGUACACAAUGGGUUUAAAUGAAUUAACAAUCUGUAAAUCGACAAUGAGUAAUGAUAAUAUAACUGAUAAUCAAAAAAAUUCAAGCGUGAUCAUGUCGAAUUGUACAAAUAACAUUAGGGAAGUAAUUCCAUGUCAAGAAAAUUCAAUGUAUGAACAGUUUCUUCCACCGACAGAUUCCAGAUAUCGUCCAGAUAUACGUUUAUUUGAAAUGGGUCUUAUUGACAAAGCAGCUAGUGAAAAAUUACGUUUAGAAGAGAAACAACGUUAUAAGCGUAAAUCAUUAAAUGGUCAACGAAAAAUCUCUAAUUUCAAUUGGCCAAUAUCAACUAAUCAUAAGUCGACUGGUAAACAGUUAAAUCUUACAGAUAUGAAUAGCGCUACAGUGAAUAAUACAGCUAAACAAUUUUUUACAAAUAAUCCAUUUAAAAAAGCAUUUUCAUCAAAUUCAACUUGGCAUCGUUCUACAUUAGCUGAUGACAAUGACAAUGAUAAGAAUUCAUGUAAUUCUUGUACUACUACUACUACUACAUCGGAUAUAAGUUUUAAUAACAGUUACAAUCAAAUUAUUAGUCCAUUAUGGUUUAUUCCAUCAGUGAAUCCAUUUACUAAACAAGAAGAAUGGCGAAUGACCGGUGAUUAUUGGAAAAGAGAUUGGAGUAAAUGUCCAGAUUUAUAUUAAGAUAUUGAGUUAUUUCAAUGAUUACAACAUGGUUAUGAUGUAUAUACAUUAUAUAUAUAUAUUUUUUUUCAUACAUGAAAAGUGUAAACGUGAUCAUUUCUUUUCUAUGCUUAUUUAUAUUGAAAUCUCUAUGGCGGACAUGACUUUUAUUAAAGAAUUAAUAAACGCUUCAUUAUACAAUAUUGAUUGAUGUAAUAAUAUUACUAAUGAUAAAUGCUUCUUUUAUUUUGCUAUUAUAAAGCAUAAAAAUAUUUAGGUUUAUCAUUUCUAAUUUCUUCACACUUACAUAACAUUCUAUUCUUUAUUGAAUGAUAAAUCUCUAUGUCCUUUAAUCUUUUACCCUUCUUAUGUGCAAAACAUUUAGUAAACUAUGCUAUCGAAUUCUUUCAUUUUAUUAUUCACAAGUUUAAUUAACCUCCUCUUGCACGAACCCACAUGCACAUACGUACUCAUGCAUAUCCAUACAUACAAUUGUUCAUUUUCCUUUUGUUUCAAUGUACUUUUACAUAUGAAAUCAUGUGCAUUUCAACUGUUUUGUUCAUUUUGUUUCUGACAUUUUUAUGAUUAUUUACGCGUUUGCAAAUUUAUUCAUUUUUCUUUUCAUCUAGAUAAGAUCUUAUUUUUUGUCGUUGAUAGUAUCCAGGGGAAAACUUUUUUUCUCAAGAAAAAAAACAUAAAUUUCAACAGUUGAUAUCAUGAGUCCAUUGAAGCUAGACCAUCAUGGAAAACCUGGGGGCACUGGAUGCGCACUGCUGAAGAGUCCUACAAUAGGACGAAAUGGCCGUCCACUGCUUCCAGAUUUUCCAUGGUGGUCUAACUUCAAUUGACUCAUGAUCUCAACUGUUGAAAUUACUACAACCUCCAUAAAACCCCCUCCGAUAUAAAUUUUAAUUAAGAACAAAUAAUUUCAUGAUUUUCAAAUUGUUCAAAUAUUAUGUAUGUUUAUGCUUUUUAAACAAAGUUUUGCUGAUGUUUUGCUCAUUAUCAUGAUUUUUAAUUAUUUUCAAAUUUUGCUGUUUAAUUAUUGAACGAGGAAAAUAAAAGUGAAAUAUGAAAUUGUUUA